GCACUCCUGAUAGGGAAGAGACCCAGGAGGGUAGAAAAGAAACCCAGGAGGGUAGGGAAGAAACACAAGACCUUCAUAAUAGGGAAGUAAUGCAAUACCCUCUUGCCGCUGAAAGGGAAGAAAGAGUGGAGCAGCCUGCUGAUCUAGAAGAAAUUCAGCAGCUAUUAACUGAUGAAGAAAAAGCUCAGCAUCAGGAAGCUUUGGCACAUAGAUCUAGUGGGUUAAGGCUAUUAACAAUAGGGAAGAAAGGAGAAGGCAAGUCAACAUUCAUUCAUGGGAUAACUGGAGCUAAGGAAAUAGGAGUAGAUGGUCUUCAGAGCUCAGCUAAAAAGCCGCAUAUCAUCCAUGACAAAGAUACCCAUAUGCAUGGUUUAGAUAUAGAGCUACCUAUCAUGGUUUUUGAUUCUCCUGGCUUGCAAGACAACCCAGAAAUUGAAGUUUGCUUGCGAGAAAUAAGGCAAAUGUGUCAAAAUCCAAGCUUAGUUCUUUACUGCACCAAAAUGACAAACAUACGUCUGAAAAAUGAUGAUAAGAAAGUAAUAGAAAAACUAACAAGUGCAUUUGGAGCUGAGUUAUGGAGGUUUGCUAUUCUUGUCCUCACAUUUGCAAACAAAGAAGAUGUUACAAGGCGCAAUGAAAAAGAUGAAGAUAAAGGGCCAGAGCCUGCUUUUGAUGAUGACAAAGCCUGGGAUCAGUUAGGAAGAGAAAGAUUUCAAAGUCGUGUGCAAAAAUGGCACAAAGAGUUUCAUCAAUUUCUCAUUAAUGAGAUUGGAGUAAGCACAGAGACAGUAGAAAAAAUUCCGGUCACACCAGUUGGAGAUUACCAAAAAACAAGAGAAAACAGGGAGCCACUCAGUCUUCCUGAUCGGGAUAAUUGGCUAGCUGAUUUCUGGAAGGUUUGCUCACAAGUGCGUCAUGCUUGCCAUUAUAAGGAUUUGAUGUUAGAGGACAAAGUUUCUCAAAAUAAUAAUACUGCAAAUGACGAUGAGGCAGCUAACAAGGAUGAGACAACAGAAGAACAGUCUCAUAAUCCUACUCAGCAACCAGAGCAACAUAAAUUUUGCAACAUUAGUUAAGUUUUUUAUCGAUUGCAAGAAAUAUUUCCAGAUUUGUGUUACUUGUAUUUUUAUGU